UUCAUUUUUUUCUAAAUAUAUAUAUACGUUGUUGAUCAAAGAUAUCAUACACUUGAACAGUUUUAAGCAAUCAUCUAUAAAAAAUAUGGGAAACUGUGUAAAACCUGCAUCAUCGAUGGAGUGGGACGGCGAGGACUGGAGCGAUUUGAAGUCGAAGAAGAGCAGCUCAAGCAAGGAAUUUGGAAAAGGUCAUCAUGAGUUGAGUUUAGGGAAAGGGCAGAAGGAGAAGCUUAUGCAAACGCUGAGAGUUUCUCCUGAUGCCAGCGGGAAAGUGAAGAUAAAGAUUUCAAAGAAGGAGUUGGUAGAACUUUUUGAGAAGCAACAACACCAGAGAGCUUCUGCAGAAGAAGUUCUGCUUCGGUUGAUGAAAGCUAGAAAUGAUGAUGUUGCUCACAGAUUGUGGAUGCCGAUUCUAGAGAGUAUUCCUGAGGCCAGUUUUGAUUAAUUCCUCAAGGCUUGCAUGAGAAGCUUUUUCUAGACAGUGAUUCUCUGUGUAUAUAGAAAAGUAUAUAUAUAGAUAGAGAUUGAAGCGAUUUAUGUUUCAGUUUGUUUGUUGUUUCUGCUUGUGAAUAGGUGCUUGUGUUUGAAAGCAGAUCAAAGUUAAAAUGAUGAAGCUGAGUAAUUAUUACUAA